GAUAUUUGCACCAAUUUGUACAGCGUGCGUUGUGUAUGGGAGGUUAACGCGGCAAGGAUCGAAAAGUUUCUGGGGCAGAGAAUAGUGUUUCGUUGUUUCGUUAUUAUCGUGAUUUUGUGGGCGGGAAUUCAUUAUCAUUUUGUGAGUUGCGUGUUGAAAACACGAUGGCUCAUCAACUGUACAGGAAUACUACAAUCGGACACUGUCUGCAGGAGAGUCUGGAUGAGCUCAUGCAGUAUGACCAGAUGACUCCAGCACUGGCAAUGAAGGUGCUUGUGCAGUUCGAUAAAGCCAUCAGCGCUGCACUGGCCAACCGAGUUAAAUCCAGACUAUCAUUCAAGGCUGGUAAACUAAACACGUACCGUUUUUGCGACAACGUGUGGACGUUGCUGCUCACCGGAGUAGAGUUCAAAGAGGUACACGACGUUGCGAAAGCGGACAAGAUGAAGAUCGUCGCCAUGGAUGGCAGAGCUGCGGCCGCCACCAGUCACUGACGACUGGGCGUCGGUGGAGCAGGACGGCGGACGGCCGGCACCGGCAGAGCAGGACGGCGGACGGCCAGCGCCGGCGCCGGCGGGGUGUCGCACAGCUGCGCCCGGCCCAGCACGCCGCUCAGCCACCACGGCCAUGGCCUCUCCAUGCCGCACGGGAGUUGCUCUCCAUCAGCUGCUGCCGGCAUGCGCCACGCACGUGUUCGGACUAAGUCGUCAGCGGGGAUGCUGGCGACGUGUGGCGCCGCCGAGCGUGUUCUGCAUUUUUUCAAGGGCGUGACGGUAUAUUUUAAGACAGCCGAUACGAUGAACAUAGCACGCGAAGCCUAGAGGACCCGUCAGUGUCUGCGUAGAUGGCACGCUGGGAGUCGUUAUUCUAAGCAUUCUCAUGUAUCAUAGUUUCGCUCACGUCACUUGUGUCGAUCACAUUAAUCGGUGUGAGCUCACCUGUUCCUGGCUAGAGAAGCACGGUGUUGUUCCCUGGGGCGUCAGUGGUGAAAUGGUGCACGGCGCGCGUGUUUGUCGUGCGCUCUGUAUCGACUCCUAUCCAAGUAACAGCGUUAGCACGGUCCAUGCGGUGAAUUGUACCGCGUUGCAGCGAAAGGACAAAAUCAGCCGUUGUGCCGCUGUGUGGCACCGCAGAAGGGCGAUUCGUUUCUUAUGAGACUGUGUGCGGAGAGGAACACGCAUCUGGGAUGCAUUUUGUCCGCAGUCGGACGAGUUUGUGGUUAUAAGAACAGACUGUUGUCAUUCGAAAGUGGAUGUGCAAUGCCUGAUGUCUGAGGGUUUCUUCCGUUCGACUUGUCUUGUGUUAUUAGCAGGAACGAAAUCUAUAGCACCAUGUCUCUUUGGCUAGUUUGUGCCUAUUUGGCGGUGAGGGUCCCAGCUUUGGAAUUGCAGUGAGCUGAUGAGUUGUCCGCCGGAUUGUAAUUCCAUUCGAUUCUGAGAAUGGCAUCGGAAUUUCGUUUAGUCGAAUCUCUUAUAUCAUUUGUGGCCCCAUUAUGCUUUCCCGUGCUGUGGACACCUCUGUGUAAAUGUUGCUGAAAGUUUCCACCAGAGACAACUGGAUGUUGCGGUAAUUUUGAGAAAUAUAUUCAUGUAUUACUCACUGGUAAACGUUC